AUACUUUAAAUCUCCACAAAAAUCAAACCUCUAUUUCCCUUUAUCCCAAGAUAGAAGGAUCCUCAUAAUCAUGUUGGCUUCUCCCCUCACUCUUUCAAAGUUCAACCUUCCCGGAUUCAAAGGAGAUUGGCAAUGGCAGCAGCUUCAAUCACCAUGUUUUGGCGAAAAUUUGAGCAUUGGAGUUCAAUUAGGGUUCGCCGGAAUCUUGUUCCUUCGGUUUGUUCAGAAAUGUAUCAUUCAGAUAUUGGAUUAUUACGGAGGAAGAAAAACGAUCGAUCAUGCACCGGAAAACAUCUCGAUUUCCCGGAAUUUGAGUGUUUCUUACAAGGCUGGUGUAGCUUGCACCAUAUUCUUAUGGGGGAUCCACGUUUUGAUGUUCUUGGCGCUGUUGAAUGGGAUGGGAUCUCGUUGCCGUUCGGACAUCUCAGCAUUUUCCUCGGAGAUUAUGCAAGUGAUCGCUUGGGGAGUUGCGGCGGUUUCGGUUUGUGGAGUCGUUCGUAACAAGUACAUCAAGCACCCUUGGCUGCUUCGAGGAUGGUGGAUUUGCAGCUUCUUUUUAUCGAUCAUUCGUGUGGCUCUCUCUUCAAAUUUUGGAGAUGGAAAUCAAGUAAGAGUUCAGGAUUAUGCUCAACUAAUUUGCUUUGUAACCUUGAUUCUCCUGCUUGUGCUUUCGGUUUAUGGGAAGACGGGCGUGGUUUUCGUUGUUCAUAAUGAAUUGGCUGAUCCUCUUCUCCAUGGAAAUUGCUCUGAGCAUGAAGAUAAGAGGGACUCUGCUUACGAGAGGGCAACUCUUCUGCAACGGAUUACCUUCUCAUGGAUGAAUCCCCUUUUUGCUUUGGGAUACAAGAGGCCCCUCGAACAUGGUGACAUACCAGAUGUUUGUAGAAAUGACUCUGCCAAGGUUUUAGCACAUUCCUUCACGGAGAAGCUAAACUCUGUAAGGGAGAAGAAUGGGGACGCAGAACCAUCAAUCUACAAGGCAAUCAUUUUGUUUAGCAGAAAGAAAGCAGCUAUUAACGCAUGUUUGGCAGUGUUAAGUGCUGCAGCAUCAUAUGUUGGACCAUAUCUUAUUGAUGACUUUGUAAAUUUUCUUACUGAGAGGAAAGGGCGCAGUUUGUCAAGUGGAUAUCUUCUUGCACUCGCCUUUCUUACUGCGAAGGUAAUUGAGACGACUGCUCAAAGGCAAUGGAUUUUCGAGGCUCGCCGACUAGGCAUUCAACUCAGGGGUGCUUUAGUUUCUCACAUAUAUAAAAAGGGUAUGUGUCAAUCGAGUCGAUCUCGUCAAAGCCAUACCAGCGGAGAGAUCAUGAACUAUAUUAGUGUUGAUAUUGGAAGGAUGUCAGAAUUUAUCUGGUACUUAAACAUGAUAUGGAUGUUGCCAGUCCAAAUUUCAUUAGCUAUCUAUAUAUUACAUACAAAUCUGGGUUUGGGGUCAUUGGGUGCAAUGGCUGCGACUAUACUUAUCAUGUCAUGUAACAUACCUUUGACCAAAAUCCAGAAGUAUUACCAAAAGAAGAUCAUGGAAGCUAAGGACAAUAGGAUGAAAGCCACUUCAGAAGUUCUUAAAAAUAUGAAGAUACUCAAACUUCAAGCAUGGGAUCGUCAAUAUCUUGAAAAGAUAGAAAACUUAAGAAAAGUGGAGCACGAUUGGUUGUGGAAGUCGUCGAAAUUAACAGCAUUUUCAUCAUUUCUCUUUUGGGCAUCACCUACCCUGAUCUCUCUUGUAACAUUUGGACUCUGUACCAUGCUUGGUAUAGAAUUGACUGCUGGAAAAGUAAUAUCUGCAUUGGCUACUUUCCAAUUGCUACAAGACCCUAUAUUCAGUCUUCCGGACAUACUAUCUGCAUUUACACAGGGCAAAGUCUCAGCAGAUAGAGUCACUUCGUACCUCCAGGUAGAUGAAAUACAGCAGGAUGCCAUUAUUUCUGUUUCUAAAGAUCAAACAGAGUUUGAUAUCGAGAUAGAAAAUGGAAUAUUUAGUUGGGACCCAGAGUCCAUCAACCCAUCCCUUGAUCAAAUAAACUUGAAAGUGAAAAGGGGGAUGAAGGUGGCAAUUUGUGGGACUGUAGGAUCGGGGAAGUCCAGUCUGCUUUCAUGUAUUCUUGGUGAAAUGGAAAAACUUUCUGGGACAGUGAAGAUAAGUGGUACAAAGGCUUAUGUUCCUCAGUCUCCUUGGAUACUGUCAGGAAAUAUCAAGGAGAAUAUUCUUUUUGGAAAUGAGUAUGAAGGUACCAAGUAUAACAAAACUAUUGAUGCUUGUGCUUUGACCAAAGAUUUGGAGUUGUUUCCAUCCGGCGAUUUGACUGAAAUUGGAGAAAGAGGGAUAAAUAUGAGCGGGGGACAGAAGCAGCGGAUACAAAUUGCUCGUGCUGUUUAUCAGGAUGCAGAUAUUUAUCUCCUUGAUGAUCCUUUCAGUGCAGUUGAUGCUCAUACAGGAACCCAGCUUUUCAAGGACUGUAUGAUGGGUGUGCUCAAAGAGAAAACUAUAAUUUAUAUAACUCACCAAGUUGAAUUUUUACCGGCAGCAGACCUCAUUCUGGUGAUGCAAAAUGGGAAAAUUGUGGAGGUUGGAGGAUUUGAAGAACUUAUUAAACAAAAUUUUGGAUUUAAAGUUUUAGUUGGGGCACAUAAUCAAGCUCUUGAGUCAAUCCUCUCUGUUGAAAACACAAGUAGAAUAUCUCGAGUUCCAAAUCCUGAAAAGGAAUUAAAUGGAGAUUCUAUCACAAAUGUAGAUUCCCAGGACUCCCAAAUAGAACAGAAUAACUCCACACUGCAGACAACUGAAAAGGGAGGAAAACUAUUGCAAGAGGAAGAGAGAAAAAAAGGAAGCGUUGGAAUAGAAGUGUACUUGACUUACUUGACAAGCAUAAGAGGAGGACUUUUUGUCCCAAUCAUAGUCUUGGCACACACAUUGUUCCAAGCACUACAGAUAGCUAGUAAUUACUGGAUGACGUGGGCUUGUCCAACUACAAACGAGACAGAACCAAAAGUUGGGAUGAAUGUCACACUGCUUGUAUAUUUUCUACUUGCUGUUGGAAGUUCACUAGGCUUGUUACUGCGAUCAACAUUAUUAGCAGUAAUAGGACUUCAAACUGCACAGAAGUUCUUCAGAGAUAUGUUAUACAGUGUACUCCAUGCACCAAUGGCAUUCUUUGACUCAACCCCAACCGGAAGAAUUCUAAACCGGGCAUCAGGUGAUCAAAGUAUUUUAGACUUAGACAUGGCUGCAAAGCUAGGUUGGUGUCCUUUCUCAGUCAUUCGGUUGCUAGGGACAAUUGUAGUAAUGUCUCAAGUAGCGUGGGAAGUAUUCAUCAUUUUGAUACCCGUUACUGCAGCCUGCAUCUGGUACCAACAUUAUUACACACCCACAGCACGAGAAAUUGGCCGGUUAUCAGGGAUUCACCAAUCUCCAAUCAUGCACCACUUUGCAGAAUCCCUAGCUGGAGCAGCAACUAUUCGUGCCUUUAAUAAGGAAGAUCAGUUUUUCAAUACUAACCUUUGUCUUAUUGAUGACUUCUCAAAAACAUGGUUCCAUAAUAAUUCAGUUAUGGAGUGGCUUUCCUUCAGAUUGAACGUGCUAUCACAUUUUGUUUUUGCCUUUUCAUUGGCUUUGCUAGUGACUCUUCCGGAAGGAAUUAUAGACCCAAGUAAUGCUGGCUUGGCAGUAUCAUACGGGAUAAACUUAAAUUGGUUACAGGCUUUAGUUAUAUGGAGUUUAUGCAGUGCACAGAAAAAAAUCAUUUCAGUAGAAAGAAUCCUUCAGUACUCGAAGAUAAAAAGUGAAGCACCUCUUGUUAUUGAAGACAGCAGACCACCAAGCAAUUGGCCACAGGAGGGAAGUAUUACUUUCAAGAAUUUACAGAUCCGUUAUGCGAACCAUCUCCCGGAUAUCUUAAAAGACAUCACCUGCACUUUCCCAGGAAAGAAGAAAGUGGGUAUUGUAGGAAGAACGGGCAGUGGGAAAUCAACCCUCAUACAGGCAAUUUUUAGGAUAGUUGAACCUAGAGGAGGAAGAAUUAUAAUAGACAAUGUUGACAUUUGCAAGAUUGGCCUCCAUGACCUAAGAUCAAGGCUUAGCAUCAUCCCUCAAGAUCCCUCGUUGUUUGAAGGGACGGUUAGAGGAAAUCUUGACCCACUACAACAGUACUCUGACCAAGAAACUUGGGAGGCUUUAGAUAAAUGUCAAUUGGGUGAAUUGGUGCGCGGGAAGGAGAUGAAGUUGAACUCUCCAGUGGUUGAAAAUGGAGAAAAUUGGAGUGUUGGUCAACGACAACUAUUUUGUCUUGGAAGGGCAUUGCUCAAGAAAAGCAACAUUCUGGUGCUUGACGAAGCCACGGCAUCUAUCGAUUCGGGAACUGACAGCAUCAUACAAAGUAUCAUUAGGCAGGAAUUCAAAGAUCGAACAGUGGUCACUAUAGCUCAUAGAAUCCACACAGUUAUCGAUAGCGAUAUUGUUUUGGUUCUCAGUGAUGGAAGGAUUGUCGAGUUCGACUUGCCCAGAAAGUUACUAGAAAGAGAUGAUUCCUUCUUCUCCAAACUAGUGGAGGAGUACUCCUUGAGAUCCGGCCUGAAUAGUUUGGGAAAUCAGGACCAUUGAUAGAUUUGAUUGUAUCACACUGAUGAAGCAUUGAGAAAUAAGAAUCUACAGAAUUGGCGCCGUUAGCAUAUAGUUUACUUCCAAGUAUCUCUAUCAACAAGAUUGCAGCUCAAAGUUGGUUUGGAGAGACAUUAUUAUUAUAGAAUAUCAUAUCGAUAAUUUGGAAUCUUUUAAGAUGAUCAAAAUAGGCAUGUCAACGGAUAGAUUGGAGGACUGGAUUUACGAACUGGUAUCGAUAUUUGUAGUACAAAAACAUUGUCCAUGAUUCUGGAUACAUGCUUAGAUAUUUACUUUUUAUUUUGUAAGGUCGAAAGGGUUUUGUUUGUACGGACGGGAUAGAAUCAUUGAAUAAAGAAUAUUCUGUAUAAAAAGAUCAUGUACUGGACUUUUUGUUUU